CAGAAUGACUGCACAGGUGUAAACAAGAACAGUCUGUCUAUAAUUAUCCCCGAAUUAUCUCUGAUUGUACGUCAUAAUUAUCGUUGUUAAUGUCAAUAAGCCAUUAGGGGAUAAUGUUCGGGGUUGAGGAUACAUUUCUGUACAAAAAUGGAAAGACUUUUGGAGAGAAAAAUGAGAAAGUCCAGAAGAACUUUUCGUAUUUUUUAAAGAAGAUUACCAUCAACGAGUGGACAUUCAGUUUGUUUCUCUUCGUCAUGUCGUUGACGAUUGUUGCUGUUAAAGUUGCAGUCAUGUAUGGGAUCCUCCUACCCACAAAAACGUACGACCUCGUUAAAACCCCCAGUCAGUCCCUGCUUGGGGGGUUCAUUCCAGUGUUUGACAAAGACAAUUAUUUAUUCAAUGCCACGAGAGAGUUCAAAGGGACACUAAUCGACACUGUCGCUCAGUUUAUCGGGAAAUUCGGAUGGUUUAUCAAGGCAGCUAUCAGUGGACUCUCGUUGAUGGGGUUCACUUGGUUUAUUGUUUACAAGGACAGCAGGAUACCUGGUGUCAAUCCACCGUCACCCUUUAGUCCUGGUAAAAGGAAGUUCCGCGACGAGUCCAGACUUCAGAUGAACUACCUGAUAGGCGUCAUCAAUGGCAUCCUGAUCUUCAUCUACAUGUGCUUCUAGUAAUCCUGAACCAACAACGGGUGCACGGCAUUUUCCCAAACCUCAUCAGCAAUUUUGCAUCCAAAUAAUUUAUAAUUGACACAAAAGAGUCUCAAGGAUCUGUCGCUUGAACGUGAGAAAUGCAUCUGAUUAAUUUGUCGUUUCUAAGAGAAUCUAACAAUUAAAAUAAGAGAGAGGCAAAUCGAAAGGUGAAGCUGAUGGGGCAGCCCCAGACUCUGGGAUAAAUAAGUUUUCCAGUAUUUAUUGAUUACUGAAUCGAAAGUAUUAGUUCCUUGCAGAUCUAAAUAUGACUAUAUUUAUGUAUUUAUUUUGUCUGUCCGAGAGUUCAAAGGUCAUUCGACUAAUUAUUGGCACGUAAUUAGGAGAAGGCUUGUUAAUGUAAUUAUUGUUUCUUCUUGUCAGAUAUUUUUUUGUGGAAUUUAAUUAUUAGUCAGUGGAUAAUGGAGAUUAUUUCGGGGAUCUACUUAACGAUAAUGGAUGGAGUCUACUACUUUGUGAAGUUUGUACAGUUGAAAUAAAAAAAUCAUUAUGAAGAGUUGGUGAAGAUGACA